ACAACCUCCCCCAACCAGAUUCAGGACUGCUGCCGACGACACCACGACUUGGAUUCCUUCACGGAUACUGACACUUGGUACCUUACUUCCUGGUCUCUCCUUGACACUCAAGCAACCCGUAUUUUAUCGUCAAAGCGGUCAAGAUGGGUGGCGAUCUCAACCUGAAGAAGUCAUGGCAUCCCGUGCUCAUGAGCAAUCAGAGGCGGGUGUGGGAGGAAGAAAAGAAAGCUCUUGAUGAACGCAAGCGCACCGAACAGCGGAUCAAAGAGUUGAAGGAGGAGCGUGCAAAGGAGGAAAUCCAAGCCAAGCUCGAGGCAGCAGGCAGCCGAAAGCGAGUCGAUCGUGUGGACUGGAUGUACCAGGGACCUUCGAGCGGACAGGCGGGAACAACAGAGGAGAUGGAAGGAUAUCUUUUGGGGAAGCGAAGAAUCGAUGGCUUGAUCAAGGGCACGGAGAACAAGAAGUUGGAGAAGCAAGCUUCUGAGGAUAGCUUCAUGGCAUUGCAACAUGCGAAUACACUACGGGAUACAGCUGCCAAGGUUCGAGAAGACCCGAUGUUGGCGAUCAAGAAGCAGGAGCAGGCAGCAUACGAGGCUAUGAUGAACGACCCUAUCAAGCGGAGGCAGUUACUUGCAUUGGCCGGGAAGGGAGAAGAAAAGAAGGAGAAGAAAGAGAAGAAGCACCGGAGACAUCACCACAGACACCGCGACGACUCGGAUGACGAACGAAGACAUAAGAGGCGGCGGAGAGAGGAUGACGAUGGCCACAGGAGCAGCAGAACUGAGCAUCGACGACGUCGGUCAGACUCAUAUUCGAGAUCUCCAUCACCAGUCAGGAGAAGAGACAGAUCUCGCUUUGACAGACCGCCGAGACGGAGGUCAGCUUCGCCAGAAGAGCGGGGUAGAAGCAGGCCAAACAGAGAACGUGAUUAUGUCCGAACACGGAGAAGAAACUCCUCAUCUAUCGAUUCUAGAUCCUCAACACCAGAGCCACGACGGAGAUCGCCUGAUCGACGUGCUUCCUACCCUGCGGGUCGAGGUGGUUACGACAACAGAAACAAUGGCGCGAAUGGAUGGAGCUAUGAUAAUCGACGUAAUGGAGGUGGCUACGAGAGAAGAGAUGAUAGACGGCCGCAAGGACGUCCUUCGAAAGAGUCUGGUGAGGGUAAGGAGGCAGAGCGUCAACGAAAGUUGGCAGAAAUGCAACAAGAGGCCUCAAGACUGGAUAUUGACCGAGAGAAGCGUUUAGCAGCAUUGGAGGAGCAAGAGAGAGCCGAUCGUGAGGCUGAGAACAGAGCACGCGCGAAAUCGUCGAAAUACACUGACAAGGGUGCGUUCAUCAGUGGGGUACGCCAGAAGGCUGACGAUAAGGGAUUGGCUGAUCGCAUUGGCCGUGGUAGGCAAGGCUUUCAGAGGGCUGAAGAAUAA